GCGACGCGGCGGGGCUGCCCUGUGAGUCGCCGUUUGAAUGGGACAUUGCAUUCCGAUUUGCUUCCGCAACGGUUAGGAGUUUUCAGGGAAGCCAAACAGCGGGCGUCGGUGGCGGCGCCGGCGACGAUGGCGUCCGACGGCUGCGAGCAGCGCUACAUGACGUGCCCCGAGUAUGGCGACCGCGUGCCGAUCGCCGAGGACGUGUCGCGCAGCCUCGAGCCGGGCGCCUUCCUCGACUCGAUGCUGGUGACGGCCGAUCAGGACGAGUACUGCGCCCUGCUCGCCGCCGACCCGUGCACGGCGCGCGCCAACUCCGACCUGCUGCUCGAGAGCGGCCGCUCAGGCGACUCGGAGGAGCUGGACGGUCGACUGAACCUGAACGGGCUCCAGCUGGAGACGGCCUCGGUUCAGUCCAGCGUGACCGAGUCCGACGAGGGCACUGAUCUGGAGAAGCUCCGGACCGAAGACAUCACAUCCACACCAGAGUGGAGAAACCAGCAGAAACACAUCUUUGUGCUCAGUGAAUCUGGGAAACCCAUUUUCUCAAGACACGGCAGUGAGGAGCAGCUGGUGACGCUGUCAGGCGUGAUGCAGGCGCUCGUCUCGUUCGUCCAGGACGCGGGCGACUCGUUACGCGCGCUGCGCACCGGCGACCGUACGAUUGUCUUCCUCAGCCGGCCGCCACUCAUACUCGUGGCCGUGUCGCGCGGCCCGGAGAACGUGGCCCAGCUCACCGUACAGCUGUCACACAUGUACUGCCAGAUCCUGUCGGUGGUGACCCAGUCGCAGCUGACGAGGAUAAGCGAGCAGCGGCGCAACUUUGACUUCCGCAAGCUGGUGUCUGGCGCCGAGCGCUUCUUGGACCAGCUGAUCGAGGCGGUGGACGCGCGCGCCGUCUACCUGCUGCACGCGGUGCAAUGCCUCCGGCUGGAGCCCGGCCCGCGCGACGCAGUCAUCACCGCCAUACAGAGCGUCUGCGCCAAGAUCAAGGAUCUGGUGUUCGCGCUCCUCAUCUCGGGCGACCGCCUGAUCGGCCUGGUGCGCAUCCGUUCCCACUACCUCCAUCCCACCGACUACCACAUCGUCUGCAAUAUCGUCUCAUCCACCGAGUCGUUCAGGACGGUCGAGGGGUGGAUCCCCAUCUGUCUGCCCAAGUUUGACUCCAGCGGGUUUAUGUACGCGUACGUGUGUUACAUAUCGGACGACUGCCCGGCCUGCCUGGUACUGCUGACCGCCGACCGUGAGAGCUUUCACGCCCUCUCGCGGGCCAAGACGAAAAUAGCCGAGAAAAUGCAGCAGUGCGGUGCCGCGCAACAGAUAGCUAUCUCCAUAGCUAGCGGCGACUACUCCGUCCAAGAGACAGGCGUGCUGGACAUGCGCCACUUCAUGUACAAGUGCAAGUCGACAGCGCAGAGCACGUGUCCGGCGCCGAGCGCCGUGUACGCGUCGGCGGCCGGCCGCCGCCGACUGUACGCGCUCUAUCACAUCGUGCACGGCCGCAUCCACGCGGCGGCGCGGCCGCUCAAGACGUACUACUUCGCCGGCAGCCGAGAGGUGGUGGUCGGAUGGGUGAGCCCUGGCUUUGAACUGUACGCCGUGUUCGAGCCACACGUCACGCAACAGACGUCCAUCUCCGAGAUGAACCGGCUGCUGCGCUGGAUCAAAGACCACGAGCGACAAAUCUUCAUUCUCGGCUCGCCCGUCUUCUAGGGCGGCCGGCCGAGACCGUUAGGGAACCGCCGGAGUGGCAGGGCGGAAUUGCUGGAGUGGUCACACGGAACGGCCGGAGUGGAUGGAGGGAACCGCUGGAGUGGCCGGGCGGAACUGCCGGAGUGGCGGGACGGAAUCGCUGGAGUGGUCACACGGAACGGCCGGAGUGGAUGGAGGGAACCGCUGGAGUGGCUGGGCGGAACUGCCGGUGUGGCUGGACGGAUCCUUCAGAGUGCCCGGGUGAAACCGUCGGAGUGGCUAGGCGGAACCGCUGGAGUGGCUGGACGGAACCGCGGUAGUGGCUGGACAGAACCGCGGGAGUGGCCGGGCGGAACCGCCGGAGUGGCGCUGGACGGAACCGUCAGAGUGAUCGGGUGAAACCGUCGAAGUGGCUAGGCGGAACCGCUAGAGUGGCUGGACGGAACCGCGGCAGUGGCUGGGCGGGACGGUCAGAUUGGCCGGGUGAAACCGUCGAAGUGGCUAGGCGGAACCGCCGGAGUGGCUGGGCUGAGCCGUCACGACGUCGGUUCGGCCCGUUUGUGCGGUAGGCCGGACCCGCUGAGUCGGCUGUAUGGUAUUGCCGGUGUUUCUGUGCUGCAGUGGCGCUCCGGUCUGCGUCACCGAUGGAACCCUCCGAUGCAGUGUGGGGCCGGCGGCCGGGCUGGUGCGCGCGCCGGUGACCGGGCGGGGGCGUCUCUGCCGAUGAUGUGCAGGAGCGCCCUCCCGCCGACUCUAAGCAUUCGCUGAGACUGUGAUCAAGCCACGCCGGGCCGAUAGGUGUUUGUUGUUAUGGCAGCAAGUCAUUCAGGGAGAGUGGAAUGCGGAAGAAUGAGAGGGAGAGGGAAAACGCGAGAGUAAGAGUAAGAUCGAGUGAAUACGCGAGCGAGGUAGUGAAUGGCGUGACUGAGAGUUAGAUUGAGUGAAUACGGUUGGAAGGCAAUGAAUGGUGCCAACUUUCCGCGUGCCAUCGUGCUUGAGUAAACGAGGGAGGCAAUAAGGAAGGCUAGUUUUGUCACCUGGGGGAUAUGAGUGGUAGGGGCAAUGGAGAACGAUUCAGUGAGAGAGAGGAGACGGUGUAAUAUUAAUGAAGCAGGUCAGGACUAGAUAUGGAUGGAGAUAUGAGAUGCCUGGUUGCAGAGCGUCCCUGCAGACUCUAUUCCUGCCCUCGUGUUUUAUCGAGCUGAACAAACUGCGUGCUAGUGCGAAGGGGCGUUGCAUUCCAGUGACUAUUCGCCGUGUGUUUAUCGGAGCGAUGCCGUCGUUACAACUGUCAUGUCAGUCAUGCUUUGC